GUGACUAUGGCUACCACUAUGCUUUUAUUGAAGGGUCUCAAAGAACAAGGGCGUCUAGGAAGAUCUUUUGGUAGAGUAGUAAUACAAGAUCAGCCACCCUCAAAUACAAUCCAGAAAAUAAUUGCUGUAAAGGAUGCCAUGACAUACAUCGAGAACUAUCUUCAGAAUGUUAACAUUGUUCUCCUUAAAAUUAGGACGAUUUUGUUAUCUGGUCAACCUGAGGUGACAUCUGAAAUUGCUAUGGUGCUUCUCGGUUUGGCUAUUAUUCUCCUUGUGAUUCCUUUUAAGUAUAUUCUUGCUUUUGUUAUCUUCGAUCUUUUUACGCGCGAGUUAGACUUCCGAAGGAAAAUGGUUAUCAAAGUCAUGAAGUUUCUAAGAGAACGGUGGGCUGCUGUUCAUGCGGCACCUGUGGUGGUACUCCCAUAUGAGAGUACUGAUAUGGUUGGAGUCGACAACAUUGAUGCAGACAAAACAGAUCGAAAGGAUAUUGGAAAACGGUAAUGCUGCAGCCAUAGUGUAGAAAUGUAUGAAAUAUCAAUAAAUCCAUUGAUAUAUACUAAUAAACAGGCAAGAGGUUCAAUAUAUUUCACAAAUUAUAGUUCUAGGAUAAUUUCAUAUAUAUAUAUAUAGCGCAUAUGCUUCCGACUCC